AUGGAAGACGUCAAGUGUGCGACUCAGGAGAUCAGGACCCAGACCGUCCAAGACCUCUACAACCAAAUCCUUCAUCUGCGCAGCACCGCACUGAGUGACAACUCCAUCAUGGUGAGGCAGAGAAAGCUGCGGCUCUUGCAGAGAAGCUCGUUCUACUUAGAAAUACGAGUGGAUGAAAUGCCAGCAGCUGCAGAAGGGGAGCAGCCUUUGGACAACGCUGUGUCCUCUCUGACUGACGAGCGGAGGCUGCAGCGAGCCAUGGCUCUAGGCAGGACCCAGGUCAAGCUCCUCCUCACUGUUAUGGGACAGCUCUACGAAGUGAUCACCAGGAGCUGCCGGGAGCUGGAGGCCUUCAUCGUUAAGUAUAAACAGGGUCUGGUGGACAGUGACAUGGUAGCUUCCGUGCAGCAGAAGACCCAGCAAGCACUGCAGCAUGUGCACGAUUUUGAUACCAGAUUGACUCGAAAUUGCGGCCCACUAAACCUGCAGAACCAGCUCGCCGCCAGUACAGCCAACCUUCAAACACUAAAGCUUAGUGCAUUAUUGUCCUUCAAGGCACCGGUGACUUUUGACCAGGUCAAGUCCAGAGUGACAUCCAACAGUGUGCAUCUGUUCUGGGAGGUCGAACACUCAUCGUCUAAGGAGCUGAACCAAAUGUUUGAGAUCCACAUAGAAAACUGUCAUCCAACUCUUGCUGAUGAAGCCAAACUUAUAUAUGCAUGCAAGUCAUAUGAACUGCUGAUCGACGUCCUUGAACCUGACAGGAACUAUAAGUUCUCUGUCAGAAGAGUACAUGCUUCAAACUUGCUGUAUGGACUGUGGAUGGACAGCAUAAACCUGAAAACCUUGGAUAUUUCCAAGUAA